GCAUGCGACGCGAACAAACCUUUUCUAUAAUUCCAUCAUGACGUUUGUGACGUUUCAUCUUUGUUUACGAUUUAUAUACGAAUCUUUCUAUUUGCCACUUGCUUUCGUAUAAUCGCAGUGAUUGUUGCUGACAGUCAACUCUGAUAUACGUGUGUUAAUUAAUGUUAAUUUACAAUUUAGAGAAAGAGAGACAGAUAAAGAUGUUCUAUUUUUGAAGGGUAUGAUUCAUUAUUAAAAUAUUUAGAUUUAAGAAAAUUAUUAGCUUCUAAAGAUGUCUGAAAUAAUAAGGUUCACAAAAUUGAAAACGGCUACAGAUCCAACAUUUUGGGCAAAAUUUGCAGAAUUGAAAAUAGACAAGUUGAAACUAGAUGAGAAAGCUAAAAUACAUGUGUGGGGGAGUUUUGCUCUUCAACCAAUGGAUGAAGGGAGAACCAAUCCAUUAAUACUUGAUUGCACGUCAUUUAAUGAAAACUUGGAGACAACUUCUCAUAAUGCCGGAGUAGCAUGCUGUGGUUAUAUGAUUAAUACAAAUACCUAUGAAGCAUUCAGACAGAUAAAUCCCGAGAAGUUUAUUGACACCAUGGGUAAAUGCAUUAUUGAUAGUAUCAGAGAUGGCACAGCUUUGCAAGAGCCUUCACGGCUUUCAAUAUUCUUAAUAUUUGCAUACUCGGAUCUUAAGAAGUAUAAGUUUCAUUAUUGGGCUGCACAUCCAACUCCUUUCUCAUUUCCGGAAACUUAUUCGGUCACACCAACGAAAUUUGCAUCUGGCGAAUUUACAUCCAGUCAAAUAGAUAAAUUACGUGCAAGCUUUCUUCAGCUGGAUGCAAGAUCGAGAAACUUUUUCACAGUUUUUGUGUCUAGAAAGGAUGAUUUGAAUGUUGACAGUUUGUCAAAGGGUAUUGAAUAUAUAAAACUAAAUAUUAGCAGCAAAGAAAAUUCAGAACAGGCAAAAGAGGAGGUAUACUUUGCAUUUUAUGAUCCUUGCGCAAGUGCAGAACCUGGAUGGCCCUUACGAAAUCUUUUAUGCCUAUUAUUAUGGCAUUGUCCUACAUACUGCUUUACACGCGACAUCAAAGUCUUGUCAGUAAGGAGCGAUAAAAUGCAAACUGCAAUUAUAUUUACACUUAGAAUCAAAGAAGAUAAAGAUAUAGAAACUAUGAGAGAAACUAUUUUCGAAGAACACUUAGUAGGAUGGGAAGCUAACGUAAAUGGAAAAAUGGGUCCCAACAUCGCGGAUUUAUCUAACAUUAUGGAUCCUACCAAACUAUCAGACAGAGCGAUCAAUUUAAAUCUGAAAUUGAUGAAAUGGCGCCUUGUUCCUGAUCUAGAUUUGGAAAAGAUCAGUAGUUUACGAUGCCUUCUCUUGGGUGCCGGAACACUUGGAUGUUCUGUGGCGAGAGUACUUCUUGGCUGGGGUAUCAAUAAUAUGACGCUCAUAGAUAAUUCUACCGUUUCACACAGCAAUACUGUGCGCCAAAGUCUGUAUACGCAUGAAGAUGCGGUACAACGUCGGUACAAAGCACAUGCCGCAAAAGACGCUUUACUUAAGAUACGUCCUAGUAUGAAUGUGGAAGGUGUGGUCUUGCAUAUUCCUAUGCCUGGUCAUGUAGUCGGCCAGAGUAUGAUGGAAAUGACUAAGGAGGCUGUGAGCAAACUUCAAGAACUCGUAAAUAACCACGAUGUGGUGUUCUUGCUUCUGGAUUCACGUGAAGCCAGAUGGUUGCCAACCCUCUUGUGCACCGCGACGAAUAAGAUAGCUAUCAACGCUGCUUUAGGUUUCGAUUCGUAUACGGUACAACGACAUGGUACGCGCGAUCUUUCCGAUUCUGUUUCGCCUAAUUUAACGGUACAAAAUCCUGCAGGAAAUGAUCUUGGAUGUUACUUUUGUAAUGAUGUAACGCAACCCGGGAAUUCACAAACUGAUAGAACGCUCGAUCAGCAAUGUACCGUAAGUCGGCCAGGUUUGUCACAAAUCGCUGCAGGUCUAGCAGUUGAAUUACUUAUGGCAGUGACACAACAUUUUCAAGGAAUUUCAGCUAGAGCGCUUAUGAAUAACGAUAGGGACGAUUGUCGAGAGAAUGUCGACAAUCCGCUGAUAGGAUUAUUGGGUGGCGUACCUCACACAAUACGGGGCUCGCUUUGGGGUCACGAAAUGAAGUUGACUGUCACACAUAGAUCCCCAUUUUGUACAGCUUGCUCGACGCCUUUAAUUAAGGAAUAUCAACAUCGCGGUUUUGUUUUCGUGCUCGACGCUUGCAAUACGCCAAAUUAUCUCGAGAAAUUAUCAGGACUCGAGGAAAUACUGAAAAGACCAGAUCUGGAUGAGUUAUGUUAUACAAUGGAUAGUUCGAGCGAAGAUGAAGAAUCAUGAAAAAGAAGCCAUGAUAAAUGAUACAAC